CAGGCACGACAGCAACCAUGCCGCCCUCCCUCGGUACAAGUCACACACACCCUACACACACACACAUGCACACCUACCCGCUCUCGACUCAACCUCUCCCCGCCCUUCUCCGCCUCUGCCAUUCUCCUACACAGCGCAUCCGACCCCGCGGCGUGUGGCACGGAGGGGAAACCAGCAAAGGAAGGUAAAGAUGACGGCGAAUCAUCAAAAAGGCCGCCGGUCUUCCCGGUUUGCGCCGCCUCUUGAGCGACCCGAGACACAGACAGCAGAGUACCUGCCAGCCGCUACCCCAGACGUACCGGUCAUCGACAUCCACCACCCAACUCCGGUCCCACACUUUGACUACCCUACUCAAUCAACAUGAGCACCUCUAUGGCACCUGCGAGUGAGCUCAUCGCCAACUCGAGCUACGACGCCGCGGCGGUGGCGACCGUGGCGAGCAACAAGCCGUUCUGGCAGCAGACCAUGCUCCGGGUCUCGGACCCUGUGGCCUCGAUCGAGCACUACACCACCCACUACGGCUUUACCCUUGUCGACAAGUACGACUUUCCGCAGUGGAGCUUCACCGUCUACUUUCUGGCCACCCUCGAGGAAGGCCAGGCCGGGCCCGAUGGCGAGCCCGGCUCGGACGCUGCCCACUCGUGGCUCUUCUCCACCAACGUCACCACCCUUGAGCUGACGCACAACCACGGAUCAGAGGAAAACGGCCCGCAGCCGGGCCUCUACCACUCGGGAAACAUUGAGCCGAACCGCGGCUUUGGCCACAUUGCCGUCUUUGUCGACGAUGUCUACGCAAAGUGCGCCGAGCUCGAGGCCGCCGGCGUCCAGUUCCAGAAGAAGCCCGACGGCGGGCGGAUGAAGGGUCUCGCCUUUGCCCUCGAUCCGGACGGCUACUGGAUCGAGAUCAUCAAGCGCGCCGAGGACGCCCCGUCGGCCGGCAAGGGUCUCGUCAACCUCUCGCAGACCAUGAUCCGCGUCAAGGACCCGGCAGCUUCGCUCGCCUUCUAUGGCCAUGUCUUUGGCAUGCAGCUCAUCGCCGAGAAGCACUUUCCUGACGCGGCUUUCUCGCUCUACUUUCUGGCCCACCUCUCCGACGCCGAACUCGCCCGCCUCCCCGCCGAUCUCGAUCCGUCGUCCCAGGCCGCGUUUGACUUUAUGAAGACCCUCUGGUCGCCCGUCCUCGAGCUGACCUGGAACCACGGGACCGAGUCGGACGCCGACUUUACCUACCAGCCCGGCGACGCCUCAAAGUACGCCUUUGGCCACACUGGCUUUAUCGUCGACGACCUUGUUGCUACCUGUGAUGCCCUCGACGCCGCCGGCGUGCCCUUUGCCAAGCGUCCCCAAGACGGCCAGAUGAAGACCAUCGCUUUCGUCGUCGAUCCCGACGGCUACAAGGUUGAGCUCAUCCAGCGCGGCUCCAUCGCCGAGUGAUUCUGCCAACGAACCUGCUUUGCACAGCCAUCGUAUAAACUCACACAACCGCGCC